AUGGAAUCGUUGACAAAAACGGAAUAUGUAACAGCGGUUCUGUCAAACUGCUCUCCGAAGGACAGCAUGUCCUUGUAUCGGCAAAGGUUGGAGCAGGUUCGUUCAGACAACGACGUGUUGGGAUAUUGGAUUCGUGAGCGUACGGAAAUUGAAAAACAAUACUCGAUGAACUUGCAUAAAUUAGCAAUGAGCAUGCAGAAUACCAAAUCUCAAUCUAUGAGCUUUCAUGACGCGUGGCAGCAAUUGGAAGCGGAAACGCUAGAAACUGCAAAGUAUAGUAACCAAAUGACGCACCAAAUGGGCUCGCAAAUUUAUAAGCCACUGGUGGAAUACUAUACCAGUUCUCCGCAAACUGCAGCAGUUCGGGAACUUGCAGAGCGAUUGACAAAUAUUGCGAAUGAGAUAUCUCCAAAUCAAGGGUUAACGAAAAUAUCUAAGUCUCUAAAAUCCGAUACGUUAAAUUCAAGAGCUAAUUGGGAUGCCGAAGCCCCUUUAGCUUUUGAGAAGCUACAGAAUCUGGAUGAAGAACAUUUGUUGAUGCUUAAACAAGUAUAUUCUUCUAUCGCUAGCUUGCAAAGUGAUGCUUGCGCUUCGCAUCAGAAUCUUCUUUCCAAAUCUAUGGAAGUCUAUAUGGAAUUACCGAUUGAAAAUGAAAUCAAAAAGUUUUCCGAAUCUGCUAUGUUAGUAACAGAGCCUUCAUCAAACCUUGGAACACCAAGCUCACUUCUCUCUUCCACCGAGGACAAGCCAAAGGAACAUGGUAGAGAGGGCAACUUGAAGAGUCGCGUGACAACCUUGUUUCGUCGAAAAACAAUAGCUAAGAAUAGCAAUAGAUCGUCUCCAAAGUCUCCUAAGUCUCCUCGUGCAAGCAAGCUCGGUAAUCUUUUUGGCAAACAAGGAAAGGAUCCUAACAAAGAGUCUAAAAGAUUGGCCUCAUCUCCUGCUGCCAACAGUAGUGUUCCUUCUUUGUCCGAACAGUCUCAUACAUCUUCAUUCGCUAGACCCGUACAUGAUUUUCGAGUCAACCAUGGGGCAUCGGAAGAUGAAACCGAAGAAACUAUUCGACCAAAUGUGUCAGACAGAAACCGCCUCAGUCCUUCAUUGGAUCGACCUGAUUUGUAUGGACAGAAUAAUAUUUCUUCGCAAAAAAUUGAUAAAAGUGUUCAGAAGCCUGAACCUGUCAUUGGUACGGAACGGAUGGAAAAGAACGAUACACCAUUUUCCGAUCCGGGUGAUUUUGAACCGGCCAAUCCUUCCUCGCCUUCAGCAAUCCCUUCGACUCCACAGAUUGAAAGCAAGCAAGUACCUGGGAGUGACAAAACUGCAAUUGAUAAUGUUAGCAGCACUCUUCGAAGAAACACCAGUUUGAGCAGAUACCGUUCUCUAGGACGCGCAAACAACUCAACUUCAACGGACCAAUUGAACGAUUUGAAUAGCUUACCUAACCUUUCGACAUUAUCUCUUCAGUCGCUGAAUCGUCAAGAGUCACUUCCUGGUUGGCUUCCGGAACUACCGAAGACUGCUGGUUUGUCUGCAGCAAUUGUAGAAACUUUUUCAGGUGAACUCACGGAUUCAGGUUUAUUACACCCAUCUUGCUUUGGAACCGUAUACUUGAAAUACACUCCAAAUAUUGGCCAGUUUGGUAAGAUAGUCGGCAUUCAACUUGCAUCUGGUUUUCCGUUAUCUAUUAAAAUGCAGGAUGAAGAACGUGUUCAACCUUCUUCUUCACAUGACUGUUUCCAAUUGGCUACAGGAAAAUUGGAAACUCCUAAUCCUGCUUUAACUUAUGACUUGCAGUUGGAUAGCGUCAAUGGUGCUCGUUCCAUUCCUCUGACUGUUGUUCAAAAAUGGAAGCACGAAGAGACCGCUAGCAGUAUGAUUGCUUUUGUAAAGCCCAACGCGGCAUGGAAGGACCUUGGGAACACACUCUCUCUUCAAAAACUCGUUAUGACUGUGUAUUUGGGUGAAAACAUCAUUGUCAAAGGUUGCCAGAGCUCUCCUGCGGGAGAGUUUAGUAGAAAAACAAGCAAGCUGAAGCUUUAUUUUUCUGAAAUAACAGUUCCCUCUUCUGGAUUCAAGGUGCUUGCCCACUUUGAUGUUAGCCCAAGUACCGCCAUUCGUAAACCGGUAAUUGGUUUGCACUUUACAAUGAAUGACAAAUCAAAUGAUGCGGGUCUGGUAAAACUGUUGGAAAGACCUGAAUUUGAAAGCCCUAAUUCAAGCCAUAGGUCUGUCCUGGAAACUGCUUACGAACAAAAGGCAGUUCCAACGUUUUACAUCUCACAGAUCCGUGAUUGUAUAUUUUAUGCCUAA